AUGGGUGAAAAACCACUAGUCCACCUGGGCAUGGUUGCUCUAGGCACAGACCACCUGGGCACCCGCUUAGCGCGACGAAGCUUCAUUCUCUUCCAAAAUUUCGCGAAACCGACUUCAGCACGACGCAUUACCAGCCACCACAUCUUCGCAUUUCUAAUUCCUACCCAAAACCUACAGUCGCUUACCCCCACAAUGUCGAAAGAUAUCGAAGAGAAGAGGCUGAAGAAGGAGAAGAAGGACAAGAAGGAAAAGAAGGAAAAGCGCGCAGAGACAGACGGCGUGUCCAAGAGCAAAAAGGACAAGAAGGAGAAGAAGGUCAAGGGCGAUGUCGAGAUGGUAGACGCGCUCGAGGCUGAGCUCGAGAAGGAGCCAGAAGUCUCAAUGGUCAACGUCGUGGACGGUGAUGAGCCGCGCGGCGCACUCGUUCCCUUUGCGUUCCCUCUCGCAGACAACGACAAGGAGGUCAAGAAGAUCCUCAAGACCGUCAAGAAGUCCGCCAAGUCCAAGACCCUCCGCCGCGGUGUGAAGGAAGUCGUAAAAGCGCUGCGCAAGUCCGCUGCUUCAGGCGCCGGAUCCUCCCUCGACGACCCCAGCGCCAUUGUUGUCAUCGCCGCCGAUAUCUCGCCAAUGGACGUUAUUGCGCAUAUCCCCGUUCUCUGCGAAGAUCACAACGUACCGUACAUCUACAUCAAGAGCCGCGCGCAGCUCGGCGAGGCAAGCGCAACAAAGCGACCCACCAGCGUGGUCAUGAUCGGCAAGGACAGGAUGGGCAAGAAGGCCGGCGAGGGCGACGAGGAGUUCACCGAGGCAUACGGAGAGCUGGUCAAGGUUGUUGGCAAGGCUGCUAAGACAGUCAAGAAGUGA